GUCCCCCCCGUGUCCCCAACCCCCCCCUCAUCGUGGCUGAGAUGAGGCCGAGCCCCCCGGCGCCGAGCACGGGCCAGGGCGCGGCGCCAUGACCCCGGUGGGCUUGGUGGCCACCAUCAGGAUGUUCUUCCCGCUGGCCUUGGCCUGCGCCAGCCCCUUCCUGCCGCCGGAGGGGCCUCGUCGCGCCCUCAACGUCGCCGUCAUCUUGAGUGGUGCCUCCUACGGCCCGGCCGGGCCCCGCCUGCCGCCCGCCGCCUUCCGCAACUUCUCCUUGGAGGUCAAUCCAGUGGGGGUUGUCCUCAACGACACCAACCCCCGGAGCCUGAUCGUCCGCCUGUGCGACGUCCUCUCCUCGUUGCGCAUCCACGGCGUCGUCUUCGAGGACGACACACGCUCCGAGGCCGUGGCCCAGAUCCUCGACUUCAUCUCGGCCCAAACCUCUGUGCCCAUCAUCGGCAUCAACGGCGGCGCGGCCAUCGUCCUCACGCCCAAGGAGAAAGGCUCCACCUUCCUCCAGCUGGGCUCCUCCACCGAGCAGCAGCUCCAGGUGAUCUUCGAGGUGUUGGAAGAAUACGACUGGACGACCUUCGCCGUGGUCACCACCCUUUUUCCCGGCUACGAAGACUUUGUGGACUAUGUGGAGGUCUUGACCGACAGCAGCUUCAUCGGUUGGGAACACCGAGGGGUCCUCACCCUCAACUUGACCGACGACCCCGAGGGCUCGCGGUUGCGCCGCCAACUACGAGAGGUCAACGCCCAAAUCCGUCUCCUCUACUGCUCACGAGAAGAAGCUGAGGCCAUCUUCCGGGCAGCUCGUGACGCCGGUUUGGCCGGACCCGGUUACAUCUGGUUCGUGGUGGGCACCAACCUUGGAGGAAGUGAACAGUUGCCGGAACAUCUCCCCGCCGGUUUGUUUGCGGUGUUGUCGGCCGGUUGGAGGGACGACCUUCAACAUCGGGUCCAUAACGGCGUGGCCAUCGUGGCCAAGGGCGCCGAAGCCCUCCUGCGCGACUACGGCUUCAUCCCCGAGUUCAACAACGACUGCCGGGCGCCCAACGUCACCCAGAUCAACGACAACCUCCACCGGUACUUCAUGAACAUCACCUGGGGGCAGAAGGACUUCUCCUUUAAUGAGGACGGCUACCUCGUCAACCCCUCGCUGGUCGUUAUCUCCCUCAACAAGGAGCGCAACUGGGAGGUGGUUGGCAGCUGGGAGCAGCGGCGCCUGCGGCUCAAGUACCCGGCGUGGUCGCGUUACGGGCGGUUCCUGCAGCCGGUGCCGGAUGGGCAACACCUCCGCGUGGCCACGUUGGAAGAGCGACCCUUCGUCAUCGUGGAGAACAUUGACCCCAUCACCGGCACCUGCAUCCGCGACUCGGUGCCGUGUCGGCGCCAGCUCAACCGAACCCAUAGUGCCCCGGCCGAGGUGCCCCUUCUGGAGAAGAAGUGCUGCAAGGGCUUCUGCAUCGACAUCCUCAAGCGCUUGGCACGGAGCGUGGGCUUCACCUACGACCUCUACCUGGUCACCAACGGCAAACACGGCAAGAAGAUCGACGGUGUCUGGAACGGGAUGGUCGGAGAGGUUUUCUACCGGCGUGCAGACAUGGCCAUCGGCUCGUUAACGAUUAACGAGGAACGGUCUGAGAUCAUUGACUUCUCUGUCCCCUUUGUGGAGACCGGGAUCAGUGUCAUGGUGUCCAGGAGCAAUGGCACUGUGUCCCCCUCGGCCUUCCUGGAGCCGUACAGCCCGGCCGUUUGGGUGAUGAUGUUCGUCAUGUGCCUCACGGUGGUGGCCGUCACCGUCUUCAUCUUCGAGUACUUCAGCCCUGGGGGCUACAACCGCAGCCUGACCAGCGGCCAGCGCGCUGGAGGCUCCACCUUCACCAUUGGGAAGUCCAUCUGGUUGCUCUGGGCUUUGGUCUUCAACAACUCAGUGCCAGUGGAGAACCCCAAGGGCACCACCAGCAAGAUCAUGGUGCUGGUCUGGGCCUUCUUCGCUGUCAUCUUCUUGGCCAGCUACACGGCCAACUUGGCCGCUUUCAUGAUCCAGGAGGAGUACGUGGACACCGUCUCGGGGCUCAGUGACCGCAAGUUCCAGCGCCCGCAGGAGCAGUACCCACCCCUCAAGUUUGGGACAGUGCCCAACGGCAGCACCGAGAAGAACAUCCGCAGCAACUACCCCGACAUGCACAGCUACAUGGUGAGGUUCAACCAACGCGGCGUGGAGGAUGCCCUGCACCACCUUAAGACCGGGAAGUUGGACGCCUUCAUCUACGACGCGGCGGUGCUGAACUACAUGGCGCGCAAGGAGGAGGGCUGCAAGUUGGUGACCAUCGGCUCGGGCAAGGUCUUUGCCUCCACCGGCUACGGCAUCGCCCUCCAACGCGGCUCCCGCUGGAAGCGCCCCGUGGACCUCGCCCUGCUCCAGCUCCUGGGCGACGACGAGAUUGAGAUGCUGGAACGUCUGUGGCUGUCGGGGAUCUGCCACCAGGAGAAGCUGGAGGUGAUGAGCUCCAAGUUGGACAUUGAGAACAUGGCGGGCGUCUUCUACAUGCUGCUGGUGGCCAUGGGCCUCAGCCUUCUGGUCUUCGCUUGGGAGCAUCUCCUGCACUGGAGGCUGCGGAGGAGACGCCUCGGGGCGCCCGGGAGGCUGCGCUGCCUCCUCGCCUUCAGCAGGGGCAUUUACCGCUGCUGCAGCGCCGAGGACGCCGCCCCCCCCGCGCCCCCCCCCCCCGCUCCCCUCCCCCCCCCCCCCCCCCCCCGCCCCCUCCCC